AUGAAAUUUUUUGAAAGAUUUCAUAUUCCAGCUUUUGGAAAAUUUGGACUUUUGGAUGGAAUAGUAUUUAAUAAUGAUUAUAAGUCAUGGCACAGAAAUAGAAAUUUCGUAUCUCCUGCAUUAGCAUCUCCGAAAUUCCUACGAGGUUUCGUCAUAAGUAUUGAAAAACUAUUCAGAAAAUCUGAAUAUAGAUGGAAAUCUAUUAUAAAUGAUGGAAUAGAAUUGGAUUUUAGUGAAUGGAUGAAAUGCUUUACAACUGACAUUACAAUUAGUCAAGUAACAAAACAACCUUCUUAUAGUUUAGCUUCAUUUGACAUAAAUAAUGAAAUAGCUAAAUCUGAAGAAGUCAUAAAAUCAUUAAAGUUUACAGACGCUGCCAAAAGCUUUUUUUCCUCAAUUCCAUAUUUUUUAUUCAUCCCUUCAUUUAUGACUGAUUAUGUACCAGGUUUUAUAUCAUUUAGAAAGAAAUGUGAACGUAAUAUUAACUAUAUGAAUGAAACUAUUUUCAAAUUUAUUGAUAAAAGAAGAAAAGAACUUGAAGAAGGCGCUGAAUUAGAUUCGGAUUUGUUAGAUCAUUUAUUGAUGGCUCAUACCUCAGUAGAUUUUUCAAAUAACGAAACUGAUAAAGUAGCUCCAAUGACUAAUAAUGAAAUUAAAGCUUGUUUAUGGGACAUUCUCUUAGCGGGUGUUGAUUCGACUGGUAAUUCUUUAAGUUUUCUAAUAUAUAAUAUUGCGAAAAAUCCCGAAUUUCUUGUCAACAUUCAUAAAGAAAUUAAAAAAGUUUUCGGACCUGGUCAAAAUAUUGAA